AUGAGUUUUUUAAUUGUCGCAGCGGUAUUUUUACCGCUCAACUUGUUCGCCGUACCAUUGUCUUUCAAGGACGAUCCAAGCUAUGAAGUUUUCACCGCGUGGAAAACCAAAUACAAUAAAAAAUAUGAGGCACCGAUCGAGGAGUUGAACAGAUUCAAAGCGUGGAAGGACAACACCGAGCAGAUUAUGCUGCACAAUGUCAGAUACGAGUUGGGCCUGGAAACAUUUAAUGUCGAGAUAAACAAGUUCGCAGACAUGACUACUGAUGAAAUCAAUGCCCAGAGAAACACAUUCAAAAGCACCAUCAAUCCAGUUCCUGGAAACUAUCCUCCUGUGGUAACGACUGGGCUCCCGGAAAGCGUGAACUGGACAAAAGAAGGCUACGUCACUGGAGUGAAAGACCAGGGAUCAUGCGGUAGCUGCUGGGCCUUCUCGACCACCGGAGUUCUGGAAGGACAACACAUGAACGCAACAGGAAACCUUACGAGCUUGAGCGAACAACAACUAGUCGACUGUGACUCGACUAGUUUUGCUUGUAUCGGGGGCGAAGCAGUAAACGCUAUGCAAUAUCUCGUCAAGUACGGUGGAUCCGUAUCAGAGGCUGAUUACCCGUACGUAUCUGGAACUACUGGACUCGCGGACUUCUGCACCGAAUACGGAAAACCAAUUGCAGCCACUGUCAAAAAUUACACUAUUCUUGCUUCGGGUGAUGAAAACUCUCUUCAAGAGGCAGUAGCAACAAUUGGGCCCAUAUCUAUCGGCAUCGACGCUUCCUCUUGGAAGUUCCAUUUCUACAGCAGUGGUGUGUACUAUAACGCACGUUGCAGUAGCACACAUCUGGAUCACGCAGUUUUGGCUGUGGGUUAUGGUACUACAGACCAGAAUGAAGACUACUGGCUGGUCAAAAAUAGUUGGGGCGUAGAUUGGGGUAUGAGCGGGUACUUGAUGAUGGCAAGGAACAAGGACAACAACUGCGGAGUUGCAACCGAAGCCAUGUAUCCAAUCGUCUAG